AUGCCCCGCAGCCCGAUGUCCAGUGAGGAAGAGAUGGCCCAGAGCUUCUCCGACUCCUCGGAGGAAUCGGACUCGGACAGCUCCAAGGAAGAGACCAUCUACGACACCAUCCGGGCCACUGCGGAGAAGCCGGGCGGCACCAGAACGGAGGAGGGCCAGGGGAACACGCUGGUGCUACGCAUCGUCAUCGAGGACCUGCAGCAGACGAAAUGCAUUCGCUUUAACCCAGAUGCGACGGUGUGGGUUGCAAAGCAGCGGAUUCUGUGCUCAUUGAACCAGAGCCUGAAGGAUGUCCUGAACUACGGGCUGUUCCAGCCAGCAAGUGACGGGCGCGACGGCAAAUUCCUGGAUGAGGAGCGGCUUCUGCGCGAGUACCCGCAGCCUGUGGGCAGGGGCAUCCCCUCCCUGGAGUUUCGCUACAAGAAGCGGGUGUAUAGACAGUCCAAUCUGGAUGAGAAACAGUUGGCCAAGCUGCACACGAAGACCAACCUGAAAAAAUGCAUGGACCACGUCCAGCAUCGUUCGGUGGAGAAGGUUGUCAAGAUGCUGGAACGAGGCCUGGAUCCGAACUUCCAUGACCUGGAGACUGGAGAGACUCCCUUGACCUUAGCUGCACAGCUGGACGACCCCGUGGAGGUGAUGAAAGCCCUCCGAAACGGCGGGGCCCACCUGGACUUCCGCGCCAAAGACGGGAUGACGGCCCUGCACAAAGCUGCCCGCGCCAGGAAUCUGCUGGCCCUGAAGACCCUCCUGGAGCUUGGAGCAUCCCCAGAUUACAAGGACAGCUACGGCCUCACGCCGCUGUAUCACACCGCGGUGGUCGGGGGCGACCCCUGCUGCUGUGAGCUGCUGCUCCACGAGCACGCGGCUGUUAGCUGCAAGGAUGAGAACGGCUGGCACGAGAUCCACCAGGCCUGCAGGUACGGACACGUGCAGCACCUGGAGCACCUGCUCUUCUACGGGGCCGACAUGGGUGCCCAGAACGCCUCGGGGAACACCGCCCUUCACAUCUGCGCCCUCUACAACCAGGACAGCUGUGCACGCGUGCUGCUGUUUCGGGGUGGAAAUAAGGAACUGAAGAACUACAACAGCCAGACCCCAUUCCAGGUGGCGAUCAUAGCCGGAAACUUCGAGCUGGCCGAGUACAUCAAGAACCACAAGGAAACCGACGUCGUGCCCUUCCGAGAGGCCCCGGCAUACUCCAACCGCAGGCGGCGGCCCCCCAGCACGCUGGCCGCCCCCCGGGUCCUGCUGCGUUCCAACAGCGACAACAACCUCAACGCCAGCGCACCUGACUGGGCCGUCUGCUCAGCCGCCUCCCACCGCAGCCUCUCGCCCCAGCUGCUGCAGCAGACGCCUGGCAAGCCCGAUGGGGCCGUGAAGACCCUUGGAAGCUAUGCCCCCGGGCCCCGCAGCCGAUCCCCCUCGCUCAACAGGCUGGGCGGCGCCGGCGAGGAUGGCAAGAGGCCCCGGCAGCCUUGGCACGUCGGCCCAGCUUUCCCACCAGGUGCCAACAAGGACGCGCUCUCAGCCUUCGAGUACCCAGGGCCCAAGCGGAAGCUGUACAGCGCGGUGCCCGGGAGGCUCUUCGUUGUCGUGAAGCCAUACCAACCCCAGGUCGAUGGCGAGAUCCCCCUUCACCGUGGCGACAGGGUCAAAGUUCUGAGCAUCGGUGAAGGGGGCUUCUGGGAAGGCAGCGCCCGCGGCCACAUCGGAUGGUUCCCGGCCGAGUGCGUGGAGGAGGUCCAGUGCAAGCCCAAGGACAGCCAGGCAGAAACUCGUGCAGACCGCAGCAAGAAACUCUUCCGGCACUACACAGUCGGCUCCUAUGACAGCUUCGAUGCGUCCAGUGACUGCAUCAUCGAGGAGAAGACCGUGGUCCUGCAGAAGAAAGACAAUGAGGGCUUUGGAUUUGUACUCCGUGGGGCGAAAGCGGAUACGCCCAUCGAAGAAUUCACGCCAACGCCGGCGUUCCCGGCCCUGCAGUACCUGGAGUCCGUGGAUGAAGGCGGGGUGGCCUGGCAAGCCGGACUGAGGACCGGGGACUUCUUGAUUGAGGUAAACAACGAGAACGUGGUGAAGGUGGGCCACCGGCAGGUGGUAAACAUGAUCCGCCAGGGAGGGAACCACCUCGUCCUCAAGGUGGUCACGGUGACCAGGAACCUGGACCCAGACGACACGGCCAGGAAGAAAGCUCCUCCCCCUCCAAAGCGUGCUCCGACCACGGCCCUCACCCUGCGCUCCAAGUCCAUGACCUCGGAGCUGGAGGAGCUCGUGGAUAAAGCCUCCGUCCGGAAGAAGAAGGACAAACCCGAUGAGAUAGUCCCGGCCUCCAAGCCGUCCCGGACUGCGGAGAGCGUGGUGGAGUCCAGAGUGGCCACCAUCAAGCAGCGGCCCACCAGCCGGUGCUUCCCCUCCGUCUCGGACAUGAACUCCAUGUACGAGCGCCAGGGGAUCGCCGUGAUGACGCCCACGGUUCCUGGGAGCCCGAAAGGCCCAUUUCUGGGCCUCCCUCGAGGUACGAUGCGAAGGCAAAAAUCAAUAGACAGCAGAAUCUUUCUAUCAGGAAUAACGGAGGAAGAGCGACAAUUUCUGGCCCCUCCGAUGCUCAAGUUCACCAGAAGCCUGUCCAUGCCGGACACCUCCGAGGACAUCCCCCCGCCACCGCAGUCAGUGCCCCCGUCUCCUCCCCCACCCUCCCCCACUGCCUACAACUGCCCCAAGUCCCCAACGCCCAGAGUCUACGGGACAAUCAAGCCUGCGUUCAAUCAGAACGCCGCCGCCAAGGUGUCCCCCGCAGCGCGCUCCGACACGGUGGCCACCAUGAUGAGGGAGAAGGGGCUGUACCACAGGAGGGAGCUGGACCGCUACUCCCUGGACUCCGAGGACCUCUACAGUCGCAACGCCGCCGCCCAGGCCAACUUCCGCGGCAAGAGGGGCCAGAUGCCCGAAAACCCGUACUCCGAGGUGGGGAAGAUCGCCAGCAAGGCCGUGUACGUCCCCGCCAAGCCCGCCCGGCGGAAGGGCACGCUGGUGAAGCAGUCCAACGUGGAGGACAGCCCCGAGAAGACGUGCUCCAUCCCCAUCCCGACCAUCAUCGUCAAGGAGCCCUCCACCAGCAGCAGCGGCAAGAGCAGCCAGGGCAGCAGCAUGGAGACCGACCCCCAGGCCUCGGAGCAGCCGGGCCCGCUGCGGCCCGACGGCAGCCUGGCCCCGAGCAGCCCCUUCGCCGCCGCCAUCGCCGGGGCCGUCCGCGACCGGGAGAAGCGGCUGGAGGCCCGGAGGAGCUCCCCGGCCUUCCUGUCCACGGACCUGGGGGACGAGGAUGUGGGCCUGGGGCCGCCCGCCCCCCGGGCGCGGCCCUCCAGGUUCCCCGAGGAGGGCGGGUUUGGCGAGGAGGACGACACCGGGCCACUGUCGUCACCCGCGCCAGGGGCGGCGCCCAGGGAGCCCGAGAACCACUUUGUGGGUGGUGGCGAGGCCGGAGCUCAGGGUGAGGCCGGCAGGCCGCUGAAUUCCACGUCCAAGGCCCAGGGGCCCGAGAGCAGCCCUGCGGCGCCCCCCAAGAGCAGCAACGCAGCCGGCCCUGAGAACUACGUCCACCCGCUCACCGGGAGGCUGCUGGACCCCAGCUCCCCUCUGGCCCUGGCGCUCUCCGCGAGGGACCGAGCCCUGAAGGAGUCCCAGCAGGGCCCCAAGGGGGAGGCCCCCAAGGCCGACCUCAACAAACCUCUCUACAUCGAUACCAAAAUGCGGCCCAGCGGGGAAGCGGGCUUCCCUCCGGUCGCCAGGCAGAACACGCGGGGGCCCCUGCGGCGGCAGGAGACGGAGAACAAGUACGAGGCCGAGCUGGGCAAGGAGCGGAAGGACGACAGGAAGGGCGCGCUCCUCAGCGCCGUGGACGCGUCCCAGCAGAAGUCGGCCGGGCUGCUGAUGGUGCACACCGUGGACGUGGCCAGGCCGGACGACUUCCUGCGGGAAGAGGACGAGGACGAGGACGCCGGGGCGGAGACGGAGCCAGACCCCUCGCCGUCCGUGGUGCCGGAAGGUGUUCCCGAAACCGAAGGUGCUUUACCGAUCCCCGCCGGCCCUGAGCCCGCGGCCGCCGCGCCCGGCAGGACCCUGGUGGCGGCGGGCUCCGUGGAGGAGGCGGCGAUCUUGCCGUUCCGCAUCCCUCCCCCGCCUCUGGCAUCCGUGGAUCUGGACGAGGAUUUUGUUUUCACAGAGCCAUUGCCUCCGCCCCUGGAAUUUGCAAAUAGUUUUGAUAUCCCCGAUGACCGCGUUGCUUCUGUCCCCGCGCUCUCAGACCUGGCCAAGCAGAGAAAAAACGACGCCUCCCAGCCCCCGUCGUUGAACUCCAGCCAGCCGACCAACGCCGCAGACAGUAAGAAGCCGGCCGGUCUUUCGAACUGUCUGCCCGCCUCCUUCCUGCCACCCCCCGAGAGCUUCGACGCCGUCACGGACUCUGGGAUCGAGGAGGCGGACAGCCGCAGCAGCAGCGACCACCCCCUCGAGACGACCAGCACCGUCUCCACGGUGUCCAGCAUCUCGACCCUGUCCUCCGAGGGCGGGGAGAACGCGGACACCUGCACAGUCUAUGCAGACGGGCAAGCAUUCAUGGUGGACAAACCCCCAGUACCUCCCAAGCCAAAAAUGAAGGCCAUCAUUCACAAAGGCAACGCGCUUUACCACGACGCGCUGCUGGAGGAGGAUGUGGACAGCUUCGUGAUCCCCCCGCCGGCGCCCCCGCCGCCACCCGGCGGGGCCCAGCCCGGGACCACGAAGGUUCUCCAGCCAAGGACCUCCAGGUUGUGGGGUGACAUCCCAGAGGUCAAAAGCCCGAUUCUCUCAGGCCCAAAAGCAAACGUGAUUAGUGAGUUGAACUCAAUCCUGCAGCAAAUGAACCGAGAGAAAUCUGCAAAGCCGGGGGAAGGGCUGGACUCACCGAUGGGACCCAAGCCCGCCAGCCUCACUCCAAGAGGCCCAGAGGUCAUGAGCACCGUCUCAGGUACACGGAGCACGACGGUCACCUUCACAGUUCGCCCUGGGACCUCCCAGCCCAUCACCCUGCAGAGCCGGCCCCCAGACUAUGAGAGCAGGACCUCAGGACCACGACGUGCCCCCAGCCCUGUGGUCUCGCCCACGGAGCUGAACAAAGAGAUCCUGCCGGCCCCCCCGGCCGUCGCCGCGGCUCCCUCUCCCACCCUCUCGGAUGUUUUCAGCCUCCCGAGCCAGCCCCCGCCCGGGGACCUGUUUGGCUUGAACCCAGCAGGACGCAGCAGGUCGCCAUCUCCCUCGAUACUGCAACAGCCAAUCUCCAAUAAGCCUUUUACAACUAAGCCUGUCCACCUGUGGACUAAACCAGACGUGGCGGACUGGCUGGAAAGUCUGAACUUGGGUGAACAUAAAGAGGCCUUCAUGGACAACGAGAUCGAUGGCAGCCACCUGCCAAACCUCCAGAAAGAGGACCUCAUAGACCUGGGCGUGACGCGGGUGGGGCACCGGAUGAACAUAGAAAGGGCUCUGAAGCAGCUGCUGGACAGAUAAGGGUGGCUGCUCGCCACCUGCACAGACUCCUUGUUAUAAAUAGAGAUGGGCUUGCACUGGAACGCUGGAUGCUGAGCGCCAACCCCGUCCCGCGGGCUGGUCUCCUGGUACCCAGAGCGAUGCUGUGUGUCCCUGGCGUGG